AUGCCAUUGCUUCGACUGACUUCUGGCAGUUUUGGGCAACUGCGUACUUUUGCUACGUCAGCGGCCCUUGGAAAGAGAAUAAAAACAUUUGCAGUAUACCGCUGGAACCCCGACGAGCCCGAUAAAAAGCCGUACACGCAAAACUAUGAAGUAGAUCUAGACGAUUGCGCACCCAUGGUUCUUGAUGCAUUGCUCAAGAUUAAAAACGAAAUGGACCCUACCCUAACUUUCCGUCGAUCUUGCCGCGAAGGUGUCUGCGGAUCCUGCGCUAUGAAUAUUGAUGGUGUUAACACCCUUGCUUGCAUCAGUCAUAUCGACAAAAAUACUUCCAAGCCAUCCAAAAUUUAUCCUCUCCCGCACAUGUAUGUUGUGAAAGACCUCGUACCUGACUUGAGCAACUUCUAUCGCCAAUAUCAGUCAAUAGAACCGUGGCUGCAGCGUGAGAAAGACGCCGUUAAAGGUAAGGAGACACAGUUGCUGCAGGAUGUAGAAGAUCGCGCCAAACUAGAUGGUUUGUAUGAGUGUGUGCUUUGCGCAUGCUGUUCCACAAGUUGCCCGUCAUACUGGUGGAAUGGAGACAAGUACCUUGGCCCUGCUGUCCUCAUGCAGGCGUAUAGGUGGAUUAUUGACUCUCGUGAUGAUGCCACUGAGAAAAGGUUAUCUAAACUGAAGGACACCUACUCUGUAUACCGUUGUCACACAAUCAUGAACUGCACACGAACAUGUCCUAAGGGCUUGAACCCAGGUCGUGCAAUUGCCCAGAUCAAGACCCUAUUGUCUGGUAUUGUUAAGAAACCGCCAGCAAUUUUGGACCCAGCUGGUUUGGAGAAGCAAGCGGCACAAAACUAA